AUGUCAUUAGAGAUUGUUUUUCUACCACAACUGUGGUUCCGUGCAAGGAGCUCCUUUCCCAACUUGACCAAACUACUUAACAAGGGUUAUGACAAACCUCGAUUGAAGUACAAUAUUAUUCAAACACAAAGAAUUCAAAGCGACGAUUCAUUGCUUGAAAACUUAGCAGUUAAUCCAGAUGACGAAAUUGGUGUCUUUUUGUUACUAGGGGGAGAAAAGAAAUUUCAUUUACUCAAGGAACAGGGAUUUGCGAGAAAUUUCAAUGAUGAUUCAGUACAAAGUGCUUUUCAAUGCGAUAUACCGACAGAGUUUGCUUCAUAUUUCGACCUUGACAAGUUGAGCGAGGCUCCAGUGACGAUAGCUGACGCUAAAUUUGACUUCAAUGAUCAGUUUUUAAGCCGAGUCAUUGCAAGUCUUGGCUUCAGAUCGUAUUACAGGAAAUCAGCGCAAACAACUAAACCCUUCAUUUUGACUGCUUAUACCUCAUUCAUGAAGAAUGCUGCUUCAAAAUUCCUCGAUUUUGUCUUGAAUGAUCUUUUACAGGAUCCAGGGUACUUCAAUAUUCUAUCAAAUACUGGUGAUAUAAGCAAGUAUGACCGUUUGUCUAUUUAUGCUGAUUGUAUAGUGGAGCACGGAUUGGUUAACUACUAUACCACAAAAUGCCGCUUUGAAGCUACCGGUGAAAGAGUCUUGGUGCAGGUGGGUGCGCUGAUUGGCAGAGAUGUAUCUUCUGCCAGUUACAAGGCUAUCCAAGCAAGUCGCGAUUUCCAUAUCGCUUAUAUACGUAGAGAAGUGGAGCUCCUUAUAAAGCAGACGUUGUAG